CACACAUUUCUAUGUGAAUUUGGUUGUGUGGCCCAAAAAAAGUGACACAUUUCAAAUGGUUAAAGUAAGGGUAGGUUUUGGGUAUGAACGUCCCAGAGUACGUCCCAUAGUACUAACCACCCACCAGGAAGUACCGGGAGAUAUGAACCACUACAGUACCAUUUAUAUUGCGAAGGGACCGACUAACUAACAGCAGCACUUGCUCUCAUACCGCCGUCUGAGGAGAGAGUAUAUUGAUGCCGGUGAUAUAGAACGCGAGAAACGUGGCGAAAGUUUUUUUUAAAUAUAUAUUUUUUCUUCACAACCGUGUGUAUAAAACACGUGAGUUUUGGUGUAUUGGCCUGAUGUGACAGCGGAGCUCCGUUCAGUGAUUUAAAGACGUCACGCACACCGGCGACAGGGGCGAUGCGGUGGACCUAUAAGAAGAGCGUUACCAUGGGAGCAGUCUUCCUCCUCCUCGCCAUCCUUUACUUCAGUCUCCCUCUGGACCUCAGGAGCACCUGGGUGGAGGAGUGGCAGGUCCGGACUUUCUCCAGCGAUGUUUCGUGGAUAGACAAGGGAGGUUACCUGCCACUGAACGUCUCUUAUCAACUACUGGCAGGAACACCUCCUACUGAACAGAAGUACCUGACCAUCGGGCUGUGCUCGGUGAGUCGUCCUAAAGGCAGCUAUCUGAUCUCCACCUUGUCCUCCAUCUUCUCCCGCUCCUCCCCGGCAGAGCUAAACUCCAUGUUGGUGGUGGUACUGCUGACAGACUUCGAUGCCCAAUGGAGAGCGACCACGCUGGGGGAGAUUACAGCUAACUUCCCCUCCCAGCUGAAGGCAAACCAGCUCCUGGUGGUACAUGUCCCCAAGAAGUACUACCCACCAAUAACAGGCCUGAAAAGGAACUUUAACGACAAGGCUGACCGUGUGACGUUCCGCUCCAAACAGAACAUUGACUAUAGCUUCCUGGUUCAGUUCUGCACUGGGCGGAGCCUGCACUACCUGCAGCUGGAGGACGACGUCUCCUGCUCGCAUCACUUCCUGUCCGCCAUCAGGGGGCGUGUCCAACAAAUUGAAGUGCCUUGGGCCACGUUAGAGUUCUCAGCGCUGGGCUACAUUGGGAAGCUGUACCACUCAGAACACCUCCCCCUCCUCUCACGCUUCCUCUUCCUGUUCUACCAGGAAAUGCCCUGCGACUUUCUGUUCAGUCACUUCCGGGUGCUUUUGACGCAGAGCGAGGUGAUCCGCUUCACACCCUCACUGUUUCAACACACAGGCUCAUACUCGUCCUUCCUGGGGACCUUCAACAAGCUGAAGGAUGACGACUACGAGGAUCUCUACACCAACCCUGCUGCUGACGUCUAUAGUGACAUACCAGUCUAUAAAGACCAUGUGGCAGCCAUGGCCUGGUCUCCUGGUACUGGAACCUUCUUCUGGGGGCGGAGUCCCUCUUCAGGGAACCACCUAACCGUCACCUUCAAACAUCCUGUUGUGGUUACCUCCAUUACCGUGGUGACUGGUUCAGCAGAGGGUCGUGAUCAGUUGGCAUCUGCGACCGUAGAACUGGGUCUCCACCCGGUAACCGAGAAGACUGGGUCGGGGACAACAUGCCAACAGUUCUAUAACGUGGGGGAUCUGCAGGGAGGCAGGAUGGACAUGACGGACGUACACAAGAAGAGAUUUGGCCACGCCUCUUCCUGUCUGAAGAUAAGAGUCACAGCCAAACAGAAUGACUGGGUUAUCAUCAAGAAGAUCAGGAUUACUACAAAGGAGGAAUGAACACUCUGAAAACACACACACUCACUGAACAGACACACACUGAAUGUAGCUAAGGUGAUUUGGUCUGAUCCUGGUGUAAUGACUCUAGCCCCGUCUGUUUUAACAAGUCUAGCUUCAGACCGGGGUUCAGAUCCCGCCAGUUACACACACACACACUCUGAACACACAAUGUCGUGGAAAUGUCCUUAAUUACCAAAUGAUGAGAAUCAAAUCACACGAGUCAGAGUUAUGCUGAAUCUUUACUUUUAAUAAUAAUUAAGCUUUUAGCAUUUUGACUUUCAACAGUUCAGUAUCUCUAAUGAAAAGUUGAGAGUCCCCAACAUAAUGGCAAAUGGGUUCCUUUAUGGCAAAGAUCCACCCCCUCCUAGACGACAUGACAAAACACAGGUCUUAGGAACUUACACAGAGAAAGACUUUACUUCAGAGGAAUAUCCCCUAGUCAGACAAAGUUGGCUAUAAAUUAUAGUUCAGUUUGGUCUCCUAAACAAAGCUCUUAUCUCGUCCUUGGUACAAGAUGGUACCAAGACAUUACCCCCACCCUAUGAUAUAUAUCAAAUUGUCAUUUAGAUAGAACCAAUUCUAAAUACAACCAAUCCUGGACAAACACACGGAGCGGAGAGUGACCCUAUAGGUCAACAAAGAGGGAGCAUAGAAUGAUUCCAGACACUGCCAUCCUCCUUUCCCCGAUGGGAAAAGUAGGGAGUGACUGGCACACCGACACAGUGGAGCAAAAGAUAUGUUUACACAUGAUGACCCCUUGACCUCUCCCCUCUCUGCGGCCCAUGCAACUUAGUCUUGACAUAGAACAGAUAACUGCCAAUGGCCACCACUAUAGUACAACAAAAUACAUUCUCAUGAGAAAUAACUCAUAAGAAUAUGAUGAAUAUAAAACAUCUUAUCUAUGUUACCCACCAAUUCUGAUUAUUCCCCAACAACACACAAGCCUUGUCUCUGAUUUUCAAGCCAAUUUAAAUCAGGACUGAGACUAGACCACUCAAUAAGUGGUCAGAUGACACGGCUGCUAUGCUACAGGACUGAGACUAGACCACUCAAUAAGUGGUCAGAUGACACGGCUGCUACGCUACAGGACUGAGACUAGACCACUCAAUAAGUGGUCAGAUGACACGGC